CCCCAGAAGGUGAGCAACCAUCUCAUGAUUCAACAACCAUCUCACAGAGAAAGCGCAGCAACAGUGAAGGCUGUGCUUCAGUGGUCAUUGCGUCGAACAAUCCUCCACCAUCCAGCAAGUCUCCUUCAGAGGAAACGUUGCAGGUGCCUGCAUUGUUCCUACAUGCUGCUGAGAAUUGGACCGAGGCUGUGGAGCCGGAAUUCUACAAGAAUCUGGACCGGAAGACCAUCAAGAGGCAGGAAAUCAUCUAUGAGUUGAUGUUAACAGAAAAUCAGCAUGUCCAGACUCUCACCGUCAUGGCUGAAAGUCUAAGGUGGGGCCUUCAAGAGGAAUGUCAGCUGGGAAGCGAUGUGAUUGGACAGAUUUUGCCUUGUGUGGACAAGCUCCUCCCCUUGCAUCAGAAUUUUCUCUGUGCUAUGGAAACACGACAGCGUGAAUCCACUGAUCCCAGCAACCCAAAAAACUUCCUAAUUCACCGCAUCGGAGACAUUCUCACAGAACAGUUCUCAGGGGAGCAUGGUGCAGAGAUUACUGCUCUAUAUGGAGAGUUCUGCAGCAAACACACACAUGCUGUUAACCUUUACAAACAGAUACUGCAAAACAACAGAAAACUACAGGCCUUCAUCAAGCAGCAGAGACGGAAUGGUGAGCUGAAAAGAAGAGAAAUUCCAGAACUCCUCCUACUGGUCACUCAGAGAAUCACCAAGUAUCCCAUUCUACUGGAGAGACUCCUGCAAUACACAGAUGAGGCCAGUGGAGACGCGUGUGUGUGUCGACAAGCGCUGCGGGCAUUGCGGUGUGUGCUGAGUGGCGUGGAGCAGAGUGUGUGUGAGCGGCAGAAGGAGCAGACCUUCACACACAUCAUGCAGCGGCUAGACAGCAGGAGUGUGACACGCCUGCGCAGUGGAGAGACCUUCAGCAAGCAGCAGCUCACACACACACACUCCACACACACACUCACACACAGUGGACCCCUCAUCUGCAGAACCAGCUCUGGAAGGCUUAGAGAAUGUCUGGGAGUUCUCCUUAGUGACAUCUUGAUCUUUCUCCAGGAGAAGGAACAGAAGCUCACCUUUGCAGCUCUGGAGCAGAAGGCUGCAGUGGUCUCCGUGCAGAGACUUAUAGUGAGAGAGGUAGCCAAUCAGGAGCGAGGCCUGUUCCUCAUCACAGAGUCAUCCACAGGGCCUGAGAUGUAUGAGAUCCACACACACACGCGUGAGGACCGCAACACCUGGCUUGCACACCUCACUAAAGCUGCUCAUAGUCUCCUAGGUAACAAGACCAAAGCUGUGUCAGAUGAUGAUGAUUUCAAGUCCCAAAAUAUACAAGGUCACCAAGAAUCCCUACUCUCUCUGGAUAUGCAGGUGUGUGUUGUCCUGGAGGAGAAACUUAGAGUGUUUGCUGACCUUAGUGGCCGGAGACAAACUGACCUGUUAGUGUGGCCCCGCCCACACAACAUACCACAAGCCUCAACCCUCCUGAUGGAGGCCACAAAAGAAGUGGAGAAGCUUGCUGUUAGCCUCAUGCUUUGGUUUCAAGUCUUUAUCUGGUUGCCGGGUAACAACAACCACUUCAGUCCUGAGGUUAUGGAGAAAGUGGAGCCAGCCUGUGCUCCCAGUCUAAGUCAGGCCCACCACAUCAUCUUUAAGGCUUCUGAAUGUAUUCACUCUCUUACCAGACUUCUACUCAGCCUUCAGGCAGCUGUAAUCAUACAGGACAGCAUCUUUGAGGUCCAGAAGCUUCUACUGCUUGAUCAAGCCACACUUGAUGACUUCUGCCCAACUGAUGAGAAAGAAGACAAGGGCUUUGUGGCACCAGAGGCGGAGCUUUCCCCUUGUGGGAGUGUCCCUUGUGUGGAGAUGGAAGAGGGUGCCCAUGAGAGGGUGGAGGAGGAGAGAGAGAGGGAGGGGUUAGAGAGAGUGGAGGAGGAGAGGGCGGAGUUACUGGAGCAGGAACUAGUGCUGCACAAACAGAUAGAGAGACUAAGAGAAGAGGAGCUAACCCUGGAGAAAGACAGAGAGAGACUAAGACAGGAGGAGAGAGAACUAGAGAGAGAGAAGCAGAUAUAUAUGUAAAGAUAUGUAUGGGUAUAUGCCAGAAUUAUUGUAUUAUGUAUUAUACUGAUAAUGCAUUUUGAAUUCGAGAAGGUGGG